GAGAUACACAUAAAAGAACCCAUAGAAAAGGAAGUAAAUCCUCGCCUAUUACCAGGUGAACUGCUGCUUUGUGAGGCGAGCACAGUAUACAAGUAUAUACAAGAAGAUGGAUCAAAUCGUGGCACCUAUGGGAAACUUAUAUGCACAAACUUCAAGAUUGCUUUCCUUGACGAUGAUUGUGCUUCAGAUGAUAAUGAGCCACAAUUUAAGAAUAAGAUCAUAGGAGAAAAUGACAUAACCCUGCAGUGUGUAGAUCAAAUCUAUGGAGUUUAUGAUGAGAAAAAGAAAAUUCUAACAGGACAACUGAGAAAAUACCCAGAGAAGCUAAUUAUCUACUGUAAAGACCUUAGAGUAUUUCAUUUCUGCCUGAGAUACACAAAAGAAGAGGAAGUGAAAAGAAUCGUCAGUGGUAUAGUUCAUCAUAGCCAGACUCCUAAGCUGCUUAAACGCUUGUUUCUGUUCUCUUAUGCAUCAGCUGCCCCAAACAACACAGAUGGAAGAAACCAAACUGUGAUGUUUGAUACUCUUGAGGACUGGCGUGGUGAGUUGGAGCGGACCAAAGGGAAUGUGAAAUACAAAGCAGUGACUACCAAUGAAGGCUACAGAGUCUCUGAAAAGCUGCCUUUGUAUUUUGUUGUUCCCAUAUGCGUUUCUGAAGAGAGUAUCUUGAAAUAUGAAGGCAGAGGCAUUCCGGUUUGGUGUUGGUCUUGCCAUAAUGGUGCUGCUCUUCUCAAAAUGUCUGCAUUUCCCAAAGAACAGGAUGACAGCACUUCACAAAUGCAAAAAGCCUUCUUGGAUGGAAUCUAUAAGACAAUUAGCAAACCUCCGUAUGAACUCCUGAAGACAGACGACUUGUCAAGCAGCCUUCCAUCUCUGCAAGAUAUCCAGACUGCAUACACAAGAUUUAAACAGCUGUUUUUGAUAGAUAACAGUACAGACUUCUGGGCAACUGAUGUGAAAUGGUUUUCACUACUGGAGAGCACAAACUGGCUAGAGAUAAUCAGGCGAGUCUUGAAGAAAGCAAUAGAAGUUGCUGAGUGUCUGGAAAGACAGCACACAAAUGUUCUCCUUAUAGAAGAGAGUGCUACUGAUCUGUGCUGUGUAAUCUCUAGUCUGGUUCAAGUGAUGAUGGAUUCUUACAGCAGAACAAAGUCAGGGUUUCAGAGCCUUAUUCAGAAGGAGUGGGUAAUUGGAGGACAUUGUUUUUUGGAUCGUUGUAACCACUUACAUAAAAGCGACAAAGAGGAGGCUCCUGUUUUUCUGCUCCUGUUAAAUUGUGUUUGGCAGUUGGUACAACAGUAUCCUCCAGCAUUUGAGUUCACAGAAACUUACUUAACUGUCUUGUCAGACAGCCUCUAUGUGCCUAUUUUUAGCACUUUCUUCUUCAACUCACAACAUCAAAAAGACACUAACGUGAGUGGUGAAAGCCUCAAGACAGAAAGCGGUCCUUUCAGAUUUCUUACUGUGUGGGACUGGUCUGUGCAGUUUGACCCCAAGGCCCAGGCUUUCCUGAACAACCCUCUUUAUGCAGAGAAGCCAAAACCAGAAAAAAGUCAACGGAAGACUGCACGAUUCAAACAUCAAAGGCAACUUUCUUUGCCAUUGACACAAACAAAAUCUUCCACGAAGAGAGGAUUUUUCAGGGAGGAAACGGAUCAUUUAAUUAAAAACCUUCUGGGUAAAAGAAUUGGCAAGUUCAUAAAUUCUUCAGAUGAACCUCCUAAUAGCUUCAGGGAAUUUUAUGAUAGCUGGCAUAGGAAACCUGUUGACUAUCAUGGUCUUCUGUUACCUUGCAUCGAUGGCCCUGAAAUCAAAGUCUGGGCACAACGGUAUUUACGAUGGAUACCUGAAGCCCAGCUUCAUGGUGGAGGCACAAUAGCUACAGCUGCCAAGAUUUUGGACUUGAUGGAGGAAGUGCAAAGCUUGCAGGUAAAAAUGGAUGAAGAACAUAGUCAAGUUAUUUCUGGAGGUGUACAUUCUGUUCCAAUGCAGAGAAAUUCUGCUCGUUUGUCAUCCUUGUUUCCAUUUGCUUUACUUCAGAGACAGUCUAUCAAACCAGCUUUACCCACCAGCACCUGGAAAGACUUGGAAGAUGAAGAUGACUUGGUCAAGAGGGAUGAUGAAUUUGUUGAUCUAAGUGGUGAUAUGUCCUAAAGUGUGUAUAAACUCAAGUAUGAAUUGUAUGUGGCUAAGCUCCUGAGUUUUACAUGUUGUGCUGUAUCUUCAUAUAAGGAACUCACUCAAGCAUCUGCAG